UGGGAAGCUGUUGGUUUCCAGACAGGGAGUAGCCGACCGCCGCUCUUGUGGAGUGUAGGAAGUUGUAUCAGCGUAAUAUAAAGACAGUUUUAUUCUUGUGACUGUUAGUGUAAAAGUUGGAGCAACUAACCAAGUUUUGAAGCCUUAACAUCGUAGCGACACAAUGUGCCAACCAGGACAGCCGGUGGUUGCUGUGGUGGAACAGAUUGAAAUCACGAAGUUGCGUCAGGGAGAUCAUCUGAUCCUGGGCUUCAGCAUUGGAGGAGGGAUUGACCAGGACCCUGGACAGAACCCUUUCUCUGAGAAUAAGGCAGACAAAGGCAUUUAUGUGACCAGGAUAUCACCAGGAGGACCUGCAGAUGAUGCAGGCCUGAGGAUGGGAGACAAAAUAAUGCAGGUGAAUGGCUGGGAUAUGACCAUGGUGACCCACGACCAGGCUCGUAAGAGACUAACAAAGAAGAAGGAGGAAAUAGUGCGCCUGCUUGUUACCAGAAAGUCGCUGGAGCAAGCUGUCAGGCAAUCUAUGGGCAGUUUUCCCAGACCUUAACUUGGUGACACUACUGAAAUCCACAGACUCGUGCUUUAUCCAAUGACUGAAGACUCCCACACACAAAGACUCACACAAACCUCAGUUGAUAGUGGCCUUUAUAACACAUAUGACACCCUACCCUUAGAUAUGAACAUGCAUAAUGUAGGGUAGAGCUAACUGGGAACUGAGUCUGAAUCAGUUUGCAAUAAUGACAGUGAUUGACCAAUUUGAGAAAAUCCCCAAUACUGUUUUAAGAUGCUUUUGAAUGAAAAGUAUUAUAUCAGAGAGCUGAACCAUUUAUGCAAAUAUUCCCAAUAUUACUACUUUUUAUAUUUGAACAUCAGUGGACUGUCUAAGGUUUUUGGUGGACCUUUUGUAAAAGCUUGAUCCUUAGAUUUAUUCCCAGGGGAUAUUUGCUAAAUGUCUUCAAUCCUUGAGCUCUGUAGGUAGAUUUGUAGUCAGUAUUUAUGCAAGCUGUAGGACAUGUUUGUCAAACAUAUCUCUGAUCCUUUAUUCUUACAGCUGACCCAAGUUAGCCUUGAUGGUUUUGAUACAUCACUGAAAAAUCACUGAAUUGUAACAUUAUUGAAUACUUUUAUGUAAAAAAGCAACAUUAUUUUCUGUCAUUCCUGUUAGUAUUUCUGCAUUACAUGCCAAAGUAAAGUCAAGGCACUAUGACACAAUCGAAAUGUGUAAAGCAGUGUAAAAUGGUAUUCUGUACACUAUCACAUGCUCAUGUUUACACCUGUUCCAAUACAUACCCAUGUAUUUCUGAAUCAUAUUUUGCUAAUGAUGUAUCCCUCUGUUUUUUAGCAUAACUUUUUCUCUCUUUGUGUGUUUGCAAAGUAAAAAACUCAAUGCACCUACAUUCUCAUAAGAUUUCAUGGCUCAUGUAGACAUUCCUUUCUUCCUUAGAUACAAAAUGUGUCAUAUUGAGUACUUUACCUCUCAAGCUUGUCAUUUAUCAGGUUAAUAAGAGGUUUAAUUUUCAUUCUAAUUAGCAUUUAAAUUUCACACUGGAAUAACAGCUACCUUCAGAUUGCCUCAAAGUCUAAAAUGUUUGAUAAGUGUUCAUCAUCCAUCAUCAAAAAUCUAUGAACCUUACAGCUGAGGAUUUUAACACAUGCACACAACAGCCUAAAAGGAAAACUUCCAGCCACUACAUUUAAUGGUACUUGUUUGCUUUUUAUUCCACAUCUAUAUUUUAUUCAGACAUUUCUGCUGCACAGGAAUGAUAUAUUCCCCCUGCUACAAAACACUGUAGUUGAGUGAUUAAGAACUAGCAAUAAACAGUAUUUUGUUUGCCAUUCUUUUACCAUGUUAAUGUCAAAUCUUUGAGUUCUAAUUAGAAUUUUUAUGUACAAUACCAUGUUUUGUGUUUGAUUUUAAUAACUUCAUCUUACAAUCAUGUUUUUAAAUUGUACUUUUUUCCUUAUAAAAUAAAAUAUCCACUGUGAAAAUUAAA